GAAGACUUGAACAGAAGAGAGGGAAAGUGUAGGGAGCAAAAGAUGACGCUGGCUAAAGUUUGGGGACGUUUAUAUUAAGGGGAUUUGUGAACCCUGUCAAAUCUGGAGAACUGAGUGGAGGAGUGUGACAGCUGCCAACUGGAAAAGUGCUGUAGUACUGGGAGUGAGGGUCUCACAGCAGCAUGGUGUCCUCCACACCUGCCCCCUGUGGCCUGCUCCUGUCUCUCCUGUUCCUCCUCAUGACCCCCCCCUCCUUCGCUCAGAACCCUUCGGUCACUGCAAAGGGGGAGGCGUUCAUCGACCCCACCAAGCUGGCCAACCAGACCAGUGCAAAGUACACAGAGACUACUCAGAACACUCCUCCUGAGACAGGUCUGUCCACACCCACUAGCGGAGGAGACCCUGACGACGAGGACGGCCCCCCAGUGGGUGGGACACGCUGUCAGGGUUACUAUGAUGUCAUGGGUCAGUGGGACCCUCCGUUCAACUGUAAUGCAGGGGUCUUCCUGUAUUGCUGUGGCACCUGCUUCUACCGCUUCUGCUGCCAGUUCAGACAGCAGCGGCUGGACCAGACCAUCUGCAACAACUACGACACGCCCAUCUGGGCCAACACCGGCAAACCUGUGGCCACCAUCACCGAGGGCCAGGGUGACCAGGACCGUGACCGCACACACCUCAUCGUAUACAUCAUCUGCGGCGUGGUGGCCAUCAUGGUGCUGGUGGGCAUCUUCACCAAGCUGGGCCUGGAGAAGAGCCGAGGGGGGAGCGGAGGAGCAGCAGCGGCUCAGGCCGAUCUCAACUCCAGGACCCUGACAGAGCUGUUGAAGCAGCAGGGCACAGAGGUGAGCACAGUGGAGAACAGCAGCGCCAGUCCCCCGAGCUCUGAGAGGGCCAAUGGGACCUCAGCCCGGAUACUGCGCAGCCGAAGCGAACAGUACCAUUUAAAUAAUUCGCCAUUUGGACAAGGGCUGCCUCAUGCGCACAGCAAUCACAGCAACAUGGGACUCAACAAGUACACCUCCCUAAAAGCAGUGGCGGACAGUGCAUCCCACAAAUACUAUAAGAGCUACCCUUUGAUGGACUUCUCUCAGUACCAGCCAGUAGCACCCCCUACCUUCCAACCCAAAGAAAAAACCUACCCACACCAACCACUUGCUUCUCCUCAUAGUGACCCUCACAGCCCUUUGUCCAUCUCCAUCCCCUCCUCGAGUCAUCCCCAAACCAGCACCAACCCCCUGCUCUCCAGCUCAGCCUUCAAAGCCUGGGAGCCAAGUGCACGCCACGUGCAGAGACAGACCUCUGCUCCUGGGCACAGCACGGCCCAGAUGCACAACCCAAACCGAAGACAUACUACGUACUCUACGAGGAGGAAGCAGAGUAUGGAAGACAUGCCUGACCUGUUCAGCCACCCCUAUGGUGCCAUCUAUUGGGCAACAGGGCAGGUGCAUCACAACCAGGGUCAUUCUGCACACCCCCACCAGCACUACACCAGACCUAAGAGCUUCUCCACUCACAGCGCUACUGAAGUGACUGUCUGA